UCCCGCCCGGAACAGUCGUUUGUCAACACUGUCGUGCAGCUCAGUGUGUCUUUGUGUUCUCCUCACCCUCUUUUACCAAAAUGGCAGCGAAUAAAGAAGACUCAGACACGGACGAUAUUCUGUCCAACGAGGAGGAGCUCGAGAAGGCUUUGUGUGUGCUGGCUGGAAGCGACCCAGAAAACUGCUCUUAUUCUCGGGGCUAUGUGAAGAGACAGGCUGUGUUUGCCUGCAACACCUGCACUCCAAAUGCUGCAGAACCUGCUGGGGUUUGUUUGGCGUGUGCCAAUAAAUGCCACGAUGGACAUGAUAUCUUUGAACUGUACACCAAAAGAAAUUUUCGCUGUGACUGUGGGAAUAGCAAGUUUGGGGAAUUCAAGUGCCAGCUAAUUCCUGCCAAAGAUGAGGAGAACGUCAGAAAUCACUACAAUCACAACUUCAAUGGCUGCUACUGCACGUGUGACCGGCCGUACCCAGACACAGACGAUCAGGCCAACGAUGAGAUGAUUCAGUGUGUCAUCUGUGAGGAUUGGUUUCAUAGCAGGCACCUGGGCUGCACUACGGGGGACCCUGAGGAGCUGCAAGAGAUGAUAUGUGAGGCCUGCAUGAACAAGGCCCCUGUCUUGUGGAUGUAUGCUGCUCACUUUGCAGUUUCACCUAUGAUCAGUGUCAGUCAUCCUGAGGAGGAGGAGGGGGAGAAGGAGGAAGAAGUGGAUGUCGAGGACGGAGCAGAAAAGGAAGAAGCCUCUGAGCCCAGUCACAGUGGGGAUGAGGAACCGUCCACCAGUGCUGAGCACACGAAGCAGGAGGAAGUGGCAACCAGGAGUUCCCCUUGCAAACGGACCCACGAGGAAAUGUCAGGCAGCCCUGCAAAGGCCGUGACCAAAACUGUUGUCUGCAGGCUGAAGGAACUGCAAGCCAAGGGGCUGGAGAGGCGAAGACAGGGAGCGGUGUUCUGGCCUUACAGCUGGCGCUCCGAGCUCUGCACCUGCAUGAGCUGCAAGAGGGUCUAUGUGGCUGCAGAGGUGCAGUUCCUAAUGGAUCAGUCGGACACCAUUCUAGCCUAUGAGAACAGAGGCUUGGAUGAGCCGUUUGGUCAGCACCCGUUGAUGGCACUGAUGAGCUCGAUGGACCGCGUCCAGCAGCUGGAGGUCAUUUACGGUGUCAACGAGCUGACGACUUCGAUCACUGCGUUUUUAGACCAGUGUGUUACUGAAGGAAAGACAGUCACAGUUGAAGCUGUGCAUCAGUUCUUUGAGGAGCUGCGGGCUAGAAAGAGACGGAGGACCAAUGCAGGAUACCAGUAACAAGGAGGCCAUGCUGCUAUCGUAGGCCUGGUUCAUAUGGUGCUUUGAAUGAAUGAGUGAGAUUUGGAAGAUUAACCUUUUUCUUGGUUGAAUAAAGGAACUUCUUGCUGCAACCGAUGUGAUCCUAACACGCAGAGUGCACUGACUCGCUGUUGUGAAUUGUUUCUUCUCGAGUGAAGGAGUGAGAUUGUUUUUAUUGAUUUAUAGUAAUGCCUUAACUCUCCAAAUGAAUGUUACUUGAGACAUUUCAACACUGUAUGCUUUAAAUAGAUUAAAUUGUUACAUUGCUACAAUGUUAUGUGCAUCACAUGAACAUGUCCAGUUUGUCAUUGUGACUUGAGUUAAAUACCAGUGUGUUUUAAAUUGUCAAACUUCUGAUGUGAACAAAUACUGUUUUAUAUUCAUGUUCCAAAUAAAGUCAUCACGUUUCUAGUGCACAAAACAACGCAACUGAGAUCAAAUUAAUUCCAUAAUAUCAAACCAGUUUAUUUUGAGGAUGCCCAAGUUGACCACUGUUAUGCACCUUUUGAGGCGACAGUAGAAAAAUAGAUUCAGUGAAACUAAAUGCAACUUAAUAUCAAUCUACAAACAUGUUUUCUAUAAUACCAUACAAGUACAAAGUACCUGUUAUAAUUCAACACAAGCAAUCACACAUUUCAGAUGGUUCAAUUCCAAAAGGUGCUAAAUAACACUAUGUACACAGAACGAGCUACAUGAGAUUUCAAAGGACUAUUUGAUGCAGGCUGGUAAGCUGGUAGAAAAGAGCUUGCAUAGACAUCAAAGUCACUUCUUCAAUAAAAGCCCAGCCGCAGGCGGUGGGGGUGGGGGGGGAAAGGCACUGACUUCUCUACAGCAAAGAGCAAAACAAGGACUUUUAUUCAAUGGAACAUUGUCCCGGAAAAUAAAACUACUACCCAACAUGAACAUGGGGAGGUGAACAUGGGGAGGAAUCUGGAGUUUUGCAUUUUUUUCCCCCAUGAUUCCACCUAGAUGGAAAAAUGAAUUUUUCUGCUUGGCAACUUUAUCACCGCUAAGCAGAAAGCUAAUAAUAUCUUCAGAUCCUCUACAUAUUCAUGUUACUUUAAAAAGUAAAGAAUAGGGAAGACAAGAAACAUCUCGACAAACAUCGUAAUCCACAACACUGAACAGACCGCCCUAAUGCGUGACAUUUGGGGACAAAAUAGAUUGAGACACAAU